UAAAGACGACAACGAUUCAGCACCGCAAAAAGCCCUAAAAUUGCCAUCUCGUUUCCCCGCGUUCCCUCCAUUUCUCGACUUCUCCUUGUCACAGCUUCUUCUUCUCCUCUUUUUCUCUUUCAGCCCCACUCUUACCAUUAGCAGUAUCUCUCUGGCUCUCGCCCUUUCUCUUCUCCUUCUUGUUCUCUAGCUGCUGUUACUCUUUAUCUCUGCUGCAACCUGAAAAAGCCUUUGAAUUUAUAUUUAAGUAUAAUAUAUUACAAAUGGCUGAAGUUCUGCAUGUAUUAGAGCGAAGGGAAUGCGAAAUCCUGCGCGGUUAUGAGCUUCGUCUCCUCCGCUGCACCGUCGCUCCUCCGCUGUCCCCACCUCCACCAUCCUCCGUUUGUAGUCAUCACAAGGAUGGGGACAAUAUUCAUAAUCUUUACUCACUUAUCAAUGAACUGCUUAGUUCAAUCGAGGCUGGAAACUAUCUCCAAGCUCUCUUUUCCGAUGCAGCCGAACUUGUGACUAAGUUUUCUGACUUGCCUCAGUGUUCUUCUGCCGAACAUGUUUACUCUGAGUUGCUGGAGCGUGUGGGGCGCUUUAUGACGGACGACGGUGUUGAUGAGGAGGAAAGGGCCUGCAGGGUUAUUCUGGUCUUGUGUGUUGCCGUUGCUGCUAUUUUCUUCUUCACUCAGUGUAACAUUACUGGACCAAUAGAUGAUAUUCCUAGAUGUCCUCUUCCAUUCAAAGUGCCAGAAGGUGUAAAAUUUGUGGAAUGGGACGAUUGGGCACGCAAUCAGCUUAUGUCUGGUGGCUGUCAUUUGUUUGGAAAGUUCUCUAAUCUUCAGUUUAUAGUUUUUGCUAAAAUGUUGGUCAUGAGGACGAAAGACUUGCUAUUUGAAGGGACGGUGUCUGCCAUAUAUGGAAUCAGAAGCAUUUCAUGGUGGCUUGCCAGGAUCUUACUUUUGCAACAGAGAAUUUUAGAUGAACAUUCUUCCGAGUUGUUUGAUCUAUUGCAAGUGAAUAUGGGCGAAACUCUACAUCAUUUUGGCACUUUGGAGCAAGUAACAAGUUACUGGGGUACCAAUUUAUAUGAUGAUGAAGCCUCUAGUAUUGUAUCAACGGUCCAUUUGGAAGCAGGAAUAACAGACUAUGCCUAUGGACGGGUUGAUUCAUGCAGACUACAUUUUGGAUCAGCUGAAGCAUCAGCUGGGCUGCAGCUUUCUAUCACUGGGGUUCUUGGUUACCGUACUGUACAUCAGGCAGAGCCAAAGGCACAAAGGGUACUUCUUGUCAAUAGAAGCUCAUCGAAUAGUGGUGCUACUGUUACUGGCUGUGAUUCCACAGUUAAUGAAGAGACUUUGCAGCUGCCCCAGCAUGAAUCCUCUGACAUCCUUAUAACACCAAAGUUGGUAGAGAAUGGUGAUGAAUCUGGAUUUAGCACUCAAUGCAAUAAAAAAAGUAGCCUGGGUGGUGCUUCCCCUUUAACAGCAGUCCAGCAGGCAGUGAUUCUUGCGCAGUGCCUUUUAAUUGAAAAAAGCACUAGACAAGAUGAAUUGCAAAGAUGGGAUAUGGCUCCAUUCAUAGAGGCAAUUGAUUCUCAGUCAUCAUCAUUAUUCAUACUAAGGUAUCUAUGCAACUUCUUGCGUAUCCGUUGGGAGUCAACGCGUAGCCAUACAAAGGAGCGUGCUUUAGGAAUGAUAGAAAAAUUGGUUGAGGGCAUUCAUAAACCUUUUACUGGGGUGGCUAAAAGGAUUCCUCUUUCAUAUGUGGCUUAUGUUCCUGCUAUUCCCAACCUGCAGAAGGAAUAUGGUGAACUUUUAGUGAGCUGUGGUUUGAUCGGGGAGGCAAUUAAAAUCUUUGAGGGUUUAGAGUUGUGGGACAAUUUGAUAUACUGUAACUGCUUACUGGGGAAAAAAGCAGCAGCUGUUGAACUCAUCAAGACACGAUUAUCUGAAAUACCUAGUGAUCCAAGACUCUGGUGUUCGUUGGGUGAUAUUACAAAUGAUGAUAGUUGCUAUGAAAAAGCCCUUGAAGUUUCUAACAACAAAUCUGCCCGUGCAAAGAGAUCUCUUGCUCGUAGUGCAUAUAAUAGAGGGGAUUAUGAGACAUCUAAAAUCCUUUGGGAGUCUGCAAUGGCCUUGAAUUCUUUAUAUCCAGAUGGUUGGUUUGCACUUGGUGCUGCUGCGUUGAAGGCUAGGGAUGUUGACAAAGCUUUGGAUGGAUUUACUCGAGCUGUUCAACUGGAUCCUGAAAAUGGGGAGGCUUGGAAUAAUAUUGCAUGCUUGCAUAUGAUCAAGAAGAGGAGCAAUGAGGCAUUUAUUUCAUUCAAAGAAGCCCUGAAGUUCAAACGAGAUAGCUGGCAGUUGUGGGAGAACUACAGUGAAGUGGCAAUGGAUGUGGGCAAUGUUCGUCAGGCUCUGGAAGCUAUACAGAUGAUUUUGCAUAUAACCAAUUGUAGACAAGCUGAUGCUAAAUUAUUGGAGAGAAUCAUGCUAGAAAUGGAACGAGGAGCUUCAAGUAGAACUUCUAGUCAUUCAAUGACCAGAGAUAAUCAUUCUACCAAUCAAACUUGUUUCAGUGACUUUCAUGAUGAUUCUAUAAAUGAUUCAGAGACGCAAGUUGAAUGGUCACGGGAAACUGAGCAGUUGGUGGAGUUGCUGGGUAAAAUACUUCAGCAGAUAAUUAAAAGUAAUAGUAGAGCAGAUAUUUGGGGUUUAUAUGCACGGUGGCACAAGAUUAAAGGAGAUCUCACAAUGUGCUCUGAAGCCCUUUUGAAGCAAGUUAGAUCAUAUCAGGGAUCUGAGUUAUGGAAAGAUAGGGAGAGAUUUAAAAAGUUUGCACAUGCCUCGUUGGAGCUUUGUAAGGUGUACAUGGAAAUAUCUUCCCUCACUGGUAGCCGUCGCGAACUCUUUACUGCUGAGAUGCACCUCAAAAAUACUGUUAGACAGGCUGAGAGCUUCUCAGACACAGAAGAAUUCAGGGAUCUUCAAGCUUGUCUUGAUGAAGUGAAGAUGAAGCUUCAACCCAGUUCUUUGCCGGCUUAGGAAACUUGCCAAAAUCUUGUUCUGCAAUCUAUUUAAUGGAAGGCCAAAACAUCUAUUUGUGACGUGAUUAGAAUAUGUCCUGAGAUUUGUUUACUAUUUAAUAUAUAUUAACAUGUCUUGAAAUUUUGAUUUCUGUUUGAUCAUAAUAUUUUUGAGAAAAUAAUUUAAUUUAUUUCUUAAAAAGAUUGUCUUAUUUUUUAUGAUUAGGAAAUAAUAUAUGCACAUUAUUUCGAUGUACUA